AUGGAAACUGGUUUAUCAUCAGUAGAAUUAUUAGCUGAUAUGAAUCCAAAUUUUCAAAAAUAUAAUUUACAUUAUAAACUUCCAGAUAAUGCUGGUGAUUUAGAUUUAGUAUCUAUGGAUGGUGAUAAUUUUGGUCAAAUUAAUAUUGAUAAAAAGCCAACAGAUGCAUUACCUGGAAAGGCUCAUCUUGUUACAACACACUCUGGACCGACACCUGAACAAUUAGCUACAGCUGACUGGUGGACUCGAUUCUAUGUUACUAUACGAAGUGGUGAAACAAAUUUCGAUGAUUCUCGAUAUAAGGGUGAAGUUAAUCCAUUAACUGAAUCAGAAGAUAGUGAUAUUGAAGAGAAACUAGAGAAAAUUGAUGUAAAAUCAGAGAAAGACUCAGAAGAGGAAAUUGAUAUGACAACUGGUACUGGUACAAAAUUAAAUCAUUUAAAUUAUAAAUUAAAAAGAAAUAUUGCAAAACGUAGAGCUAGAAUUGAAAAAAGAAAAAAAAACAAAAAAAAUUUAAAAGCUAAAAUUAAAGCAAGAUUUAUCGAUUCGAAAGGAUUAUUUUUAAGAGAAUUUAUUGAUUUAAACUAUGAUGUUGAAACUCAUGAAGAUCAAAGUUGGGUAGAAACAAUACUGGUGUAUCCAGUGGCACUUGAAGAAGUUCCAGAUUUCAAUGGUUUUAAUUCACCUUUUCUAAAUCUUCCGUUUUACAAAGGAAAACAAUUGGAAGAUCAUGCAUCUGAAAGUCGUAUUACAGGAUUUUUCAAGGGUAAUUUAGUCAUAUAUCCGGUGAAUGAUGAUGAACCUUUACCAACUGAAAUGUCACAAUUAAAGUUAUAUAAGACAUUGCCAAUUAAAGCAAAGUUCAAAUUAACUGUACGACUAUAUGUUAUACGAGCAAUUAAAUUACAUCCAACCGAUCCAAAUGGCAAAUCUGAUCCAUAUUUGAUUGUAUCAUUGGGUAAAUGUGUUAUUAAUGAUCGUGAUGAUUAUAAACCGAAAACAUUAAAUCCGGUAUUUGGAAAAUAUUAUGAAUUUGUAGCACAUUUACCAAUGGAUUCUUUACUUAGUAUACAGAUGAUGGAUCAUGAAAGGGUUGGAGCCGAUACAUUGAUUGGAGAAACACAUAUUGAUAUUGAAAAUCGUUUCCAUAGUGCUCAUCGUGCUACUUGUGGAUUAAUGCCUAAAUAUUAUGCUCAUGGCUAUUGUCAGUGGAAAGACAGUCAACAACCGACGGAAAUAUUAGCUAAGCUAUGUGAAAAAUAUGGUAUUGAGCAGCCUGUUUAUAAUAUAUUAGAGAAUAAAAUCACCAUAGGCAAUGAAUCAUUUUUUGCUAAUACAGAAAUUCGAAAUGAAACUGGUAUAACUGUUAAAUCAGUAGAACCAUUGGCCUUAGAAGCAUUACAUAAUUGGUCAUUGAUUACAAACAAAGAUGUGAAAUUAGUUAGUGAACAUGUGGAAACACGUUCUUUAAAACAUCCCGAUAAUCCAGGUUUAAUUCAAGGUCGACUACAAAUGUGGAUUGAUAUGUUUGAAAGAGAAGUUGCUGUUCCACCACCGGCUAUAAAUAUUUCACCACGUGUACCAGCUGGAUAUGAAUUACGUGUUAUUGUGUGGAAUACAGCUGAUUGCCAUAUGUUUAUUGAGACAGGUAAACUCACUGACACUUCAAUAUUCUCUUCUGAAAGAAGUUCUGAUAUUUAUGUUAAAGGAUGGGUAAAAGGUGUUGGAAUUGAUGAUCAAAAAACUGAUGUUCAUUAUAGAUCAUUAUCUGGUGAAGGAAAUUUCAAUUGGCGUUUUAUAUUUCCAUUUGAUUAUAUUAAAGCAGAAGAUAGAAUAAUUUAUCCAAUUAAAGGAACAUUCGAUAUUGAACCACAUAUGAUUAAAGCUAAUUGUGAAUUGACAUUACAAGUAUGGGAUGCUGAUAUUAUUACAAGAGAUAAUUUUAUUGGAUCACUGACAAUGCGUCUUUCAUCCUUGCCACGAUGUGCGAAAACUGCAAAAAGUUGUGGGUUACAUCAAUUAGAACCAGAGUGUCCAAGAUUUUCAAUGUUUAAGAAUAGAACUGCACGUGGUUGGUGGCCAGUUACUGAUGAAGAAGAUGAAGAAAUUGUCGUUCAAGGUAAAGUUGAAUGUCAGUUGGAAAUGUUGAAUAGUGCUGAAGCCGAAAGUAAUCCUGCUGGUUUAGGUCGUGAAGAACCCAAUGGACUGCCAAAACCAGAUCGACCAGAUGCAUCAUUUAUGAAAUUCCUUGGACCAUUGAAUACUCUUCGUUACUUAGUCAAAUAUCGUUUAAAGUGGAUAUUGAUCAAAAUCUUUGUCAUAUUCUUGGUUUGUUUAAUUGUCUUCUUAUUUCUUUACAGUUUCCCUGGUGCUAUUGUUCAAAAAAUGGUUAAUGGUUAAUUACAUACACAUAUACACAGAUACAUAUAUACAAUAUAAUUCAGUUGGAAAUAAAUGACUUCGAAACUCACUGAUUGAUUUUCCCUUAUUUAGGUAUUAUUGAUUUAUUUCUUAACUGAGACAAACAAUACACAAACAUUAUACAGUAUAUGAUUAUAAUAGGCAUGUAUAAAAUAUGACAUUGAUUUAGAUGACAUCUGAGUGAUGCAUAUUUACAGUUCAUAUAACGAAUAACAAUGACUAUGAACUGUACCGAUAGAUGAAUAAAUGAAUGUUAUUUUAACAUUUUAUUUAAAUACAAACUUUGUAUAAUUAAAAUUUGAUGUUUAUUUUCACUUAAUUACGCCACUUAACCCCUAAUCGAAGAGAAUAGGCCAACCACUAGCAUUUUCCAGAUGAAUCUGUCCCCGAUAAUCCUUUCUAGAUGCUAUUCAUUCUUGCCAUAUCUGCUUAGAAUUCCCGACGUAAUGUGUUCGUUCUUAUUCCUCUUCUCAAUUUCCCUUCAUGAUUUCAUGUUGGUGAAUACUUCGUGAUGCAGUUUGAUAGUGUCAACAAUGUAUCGCUUAUCCACCUUCCAGAGUCUUUUCCUAAUUUCCUCUUCAAUUCGAAGCCGGUCUGUCCUCUCACACAGUGGGUUGUCGUUGAUAGUAUCAGGUCAAUCAACAUUGAGUAUAUUGUGUAGAUAAUCGUUUAUAAAUACUUGUACAUCUUUGAUGAUGGUUUUGGUGGCUUUCCGAGUUUCAGCCCAGUAAACUAGAACUAUCUUGUUUUGUCAACCCUCGCCUUAACGUCUCUAUAGGAUGCUUCUUGUUAAUCAAUGACGCUGCUGUCCAGAUAUCUGGGACAUCCCACAUCUCCCAGAGUUUCCUCAUCAAGUGUGAUUGGGUUGAUGUUCUCCGUGUUGUAUUUGAGGAUCUUGGUUCUUGCCUUAUGUAUGUUGAGGCUUAGUGAUGCAGAGGCUGCUGCUACACUAGUUGUCAUCACCUGCAUUUCUUGGCGUGUGUGUGUGAUAGAAGAGCUAGGUGAUCUGCGAGGUUCAAAUAGUUUGGUUGCAUCUAACUUGUUCAUUGUAUUGCCAUAGGAAACAACUUCGCUAAAAAAAUACGCUAACCAGAAUAGACUAAUGAUUUCAACCUGUGAAAUUUCUAAAAAUCUCCACAAAACCCAUUCUGA